CUGGUGCUUUUGCAGGUCCGCUACUUCAUCUCAGCGUCUGGCCGGCGAAUUGCUAUCUGAGCGAAAUGGAGAAGUCGAAGCUUUCCCUGGUGUGGUGGAAGGUAGCCCUGAGCUUUCUUGCUGUGUGAUGGCCAUCUGAUCAUUUUCAACCCGACUGCACUCACUGGCGAGUGUUCGCCCGGGCUGAAGCAGGGCAGGAGAGGCCGACUGGGAUAAUGGCAAAGUACCACUGGCAGAGUCAAAAUGUGAAGCAAAGCGGAGUGGACGACAUGGUCCUGCUGUCCAAGAUCACCGAGGACGCCAUUGUGGAAAACCUCAAGAAAAGAUACAUGGAUGACUACAUUUUUACUUACAUUGGCCCUGUGUUGAUAUCAGUAAACCCGUUCAAACAGAUGCCGUAUUUCUCGGACAGAGAAAUCGAACUCUACCAAGGGGCAGCCCAGUAUGAGAACCCACCCCAUAUCUACGCCUUGACUGACAACAUGUACAGAAACAUGAUGAUCGAAGGAGAAAAUCAAUGUGUUAUUAUCAGUGGCGAAAGCGGUGCGGGAAAGACCGUUGCUGCGAAGUACAUCAUGGGCUAUAUAUCCAAAGUAUCAGGAGGAGGAACAAAAGUUCAGCAUGUGAAAGACAUUAUCCUGCAGUCGAACCCGCUCUUAGAGGCCUUUGGCAAUGCCAAAACUGUUCGUAACAACAAUUCUAGCCGUUUUGGCAAAUACUUUGAGAUUCAGUUCAGCAGAGGCGGCGAGCCCGACGGGGGCAAAAUCUCCAACUUUCUUCUGGAGAAGUCGAGAGUGGUGAGCCAGAACGACAGCGAAAGAAACUUCCAUGUUUACUAUCAGCUGAUAGAGGGCGCCAGUGCUCAGCAAAAGGAGACCCUGGGCCUCAUGACCCCAGACUACUACUUCUACCUCAACCAGUCUGGAACUUACAAAGUGGAUGGGACGAAUGACAACAAGGACUUCCAUGAGACCAUGGAGGCCAUGCAGGUGAUCGGGAUCCCAGGUGACAUCCGGGCCCAGGUGCUGCAGAUUGUUGCGGGCAUCCUGCACCUGGGGAACAUCAGCUUCAUAGAAGCGGGGAAUUACGGACAGGUGGAGAGCGUGGACUUGCUCGCCUUCCCGGCCUACCUGCUUGCCAUCGACCCUAACCGCCUGCAGGAGAAGCUGACCAGCCGUAAAAUGGACUCAAAGUGGGGAGGGAAGUCGGAGUCGAUCGACGUGACCCUGAACCAGGAGCAGGCCACCUACACGAGAGAUGCCCUGGCCAAAGCCCUCUACGCACGCGUCUUUGACUACCUGGUGGAGGCCAUCAAUAAAGCCAUCCAAAAACCGCAUGAAGAAUUCAGCAUCGGCGUACUUGACAUUUAUGGAUUUGAGAUUUUCCAGAGAAACGGAUUUGAACAAUUCUGCAUUAACUUUGUCAAUGAGAAAUUGCAACAAAUCUUCAUUGAACUGACUCUGAAGGCCGAACAGGAGGAGUAUGUUCAGGAGGGCAUCAAGUGGACACCCAUUCAAUACUUCAACAACAAGAUUGUGUGUGACCUUAUUGAAAAUAAACUGAACCCUCCGGGUGUGAUGAGCGUGUUGGAUGAUGUGUGCGCCACCAUGCAUGCCAAAAGCGAGGGCGCAGAUGUCACUCUGCUGCAGAAACUGCAGGCUGCCGUUGGAACGCACGAGCAUUUCAACAGCUGGAACUCGGGCUUUGUUAUACAUCACUACGCUGGAAAGGUGUCUUAUGAUAUCAACGGCUUCUGCGAGAGAAACCGCGACGUGCUCUUCCCUGACCUGAUUGAGCUCAUGCAAAGCAGUCAACACAACUUCAUCUGCUCUUUGUUCCCUGAAAACCUCAACACAGACAAGAAAAGCAGGCCAACUACAGCAGGAUCUAAAAUCAAGAGACAAGCGAACGACCUGGUGAACACACUAAUGAAGUGUACUCCUCACUACAUCCGCUGUAUUAAACCCAAUGAGACAAAAAGGCCCAAAGACUGGGAGGAGAGCAGGGUCAAGCAUCAGGUGGAAUACCUCGGACUACGAGAAAACAUCCGUGUACGAAGGGCUGGCUUUGCGUACCGCAGGGUGUUCACUAAAUUCCUGCAAAGGUACGCUAUCCUGACAGCUGAGACGUGGCCACGCUGGAGGGGUCCUGAGCAGCAGGGGGUCCUUCACCUCCUCCGGUCGGUUAACAUGGAUAAUGACCAGUACCAGAUGGGUCGCUCCAAGGUUUUUGUCAAAAAUCCAGAAUCGCUGUUUCUUCUUGAGGAGAUGCGGGAGAGAAAAUUUGACACUUUUGCCAGGACCAUCCAGAAAGCCUAUAGAAAAUACAUCGCCAGAAAGAAGUAUGAGCAGAUGAGAGAAGAGGCGUCAGACAUCCUGUACAACUCAAAGGAGCGGCGGAAAAACAGCAUCAACAGAAACUUUGUGGGUGACUACCUGGGUCUGGAGCAGAGGCCUGAGCUGAGACAGUUCCUGGCCAAAAGGGAACGGGUCGACUUCGCGGACUCUGUCAACAAGCUCGAUCGAAGGUUCAAGUCCAUCAAGAGAGAUUUGAUCUUGACCCCCAAGGGGAUCUAUCUGAUUGGUCGGGAGAAAGUGAAGAAAGGUCCGGAGAAAGGGCAAAUAAAGGAAGUGCUGAAACGAAAGCUGGAUUUUGGGAGCAUUAAUGGAAUCUCCCUCAGUACAAGACAAGAUGACUUUUUUAUUCUGCACGAGGCGCAGUAUGACAGUCUGCUGGAAUCCAACUUUAAGACAGAGUUCCUGAGCCUGUUGUCCAAACGCUACGAGGACGUGACAAGGAGAAAGCUCGCAAUAUCGUUCAACGACAGAGUAGAGUUCAGAGUGAAGAAAGAAGGCUGGGGAGGAGGGGGUUCCAGGGUGGUGAUGUUCCAGAAUGGGAUAGGAGACCAGGCUCAACUCAAACCUGCGGGAAAGACCCUUAACGUCACAAUAGGCAAUGGGCUUCCCAAGUCUUCCAAACCAACUAGGAAGGGUGGUCAGCAGUCACAUGGCGGAGGCCGAAAUCACAGAGCCAGCAAAGCACAUCAGAAUGGAGCAAGCCAGUUCUCCAGAGGACCCAAACAAUCGGAAAUUAUGUAUUCCUCCCCGCAUAAACAGGACUGGCCUCUCCAAACGACCCUGCCUAAAGUGGGCUUUCAGAGAGCUCCCAGGAUCCCAACCCACAACCACAGCAACCAAGGGAACAUGGACUUCCUUAAUGUGCCUGACCAGGGCAUGUCAGGGAAACAAAGGAAGCAGAGCAUCGGUCAGCGGCCCCCCCCUGCUCCCAAGCCUCAGCCUCGCCCCCAGGGGCCCCGGUGCCGGGCCUUAUAUCAGUACAUUGGGCAAGACACCGACGAGAUCAGCUUUGAGUUCAAUGACGUCUUUGACCUUGUCAAAGAAGAUCCAUCAGGAUGGUGGACAGGCCGCAUUCAAGGAAAAGAAGGUCUCUUCCCCGGUAACUACGUGGAAAAGAUUUAACCAACAUAGUUGCACGGUGAACUCUGUUGAUGUGUGGAACGAUACCUCAGAAGACCGAAAGUAUUGCCAUUAUUGUCCCGACAGUUAAACCCCGACCCUACGACUACAUGUGUUGGGUUUCAUCCGUGUCAUUGUCUUGCGCUGUCCUAUUUAAAAUGAGCAAGCAACAAGAUCUUUGACUGCCGGCCCACACUUGCCUUGACACCUGCCUUUUGGAUUUCUAUGGACUUAAGCUUCAGUUACAAACCAUCAAGUAACACAAUCCAAAUUGCCUGCGUCGCAUUCUGGUGUCCGCAUUGUUUACAUCCAUAUGUUGGAUUCUACUGUUUAUGUUUGGUGGAAAGGAAAAGAACCAGAAAAGAGCAGCAUUUUUGCAGUUUUGCUGCAAAAGCGAUGAUGAAAACCAAGUGGUUGGAUUUUCUCUGCGUAUUACGGCACUUGGAAAUUUCUUUUUCCUUGUCUCACUAGAAGUAUGACUUGAUCUAUUUUAUCUCAUGAUUCUUUUCAUUUCACUUCAGUUAUAUAUUUUUUACAUCUACUUUCGGAAUCAUAUUUUUGUAUUCAUAAAAAUGCACUGGGGGGUGUUGUGAAAUGCUGUUUCCUGAAUGCAGGCAGCGCAAGUUCGAUUCCUGACUGGCCAGUGCUCCAAAACCCAUUUCAAGCCAAAAUACUGUAAAUGUGAGGUUUGCGUGAGGAAACCCAUUUGUUGUUUAAAAAAAAAACUGUAUAUUUAAAAAACAAAUAAUAAAGAAAAAAAACUGUCAAACAUUUCAUGCAAGUGACUUCCUCUCACAACCUCUGAAUGGAAACACUGAAAGUCACAAGUUUAUAUGUCCAUAAUCAUUUACUGUACCAGCAUAGUAUUUAUUGGUGUUUGCAUUUAUUUACACAUUUGUGCAAUACAUGUGUUGCACUGCAUGAGGGAAAUUCAGGUCAGACCCAAUGCUGCCUGGUUUUAUGACCCCUGAACCCUCCAAUACCUUUACUGUAUUUACUGCACAUUUUAGAGUCACCAUUUAUUGUGGGCUGCCUAAGGCACACCUGUGCAACAAUCUUGCUGUCUAAUCAGCAUCUUUAAAUGCCACAGCUGUGAUGUGUAUGGAUUGUAUGAUAUAUCAGAACAUGUGGUUAUUCUGAAAUGCCGCCCUACAUUUAUUUAGUACAUCAGUGAACUUUAAAAAGUUGUGCACAUACUGUAGGUUUGAAUAUACAUGGCACAAUUUGUAACAUGUAUAUAGUUCUUAACUAUUCUCAAAUGUCAUUAUCUGUGGCAUAAAAAAUAUCAAUGAUAGCAUCAUUUAUUGUCGAAGUUUUGGGCAAAAUAUAUUGCACUAAGUAAGUAACCGAUGUAGCGGCGGAUUACUGUAUCUGUAUUCCUUGAUGAUAAAUUGCAGGGACUCACUUUCCAUGUGUGUGUAUGUUCAUAUGUAUACACACAUACACAAAUAUAUAUAAAAUACACGUAUACACAUUAUAUGAGUGUGUGC